GCUUGACAAAAACAUCCAUCGCUUGCUUUGACCUAGAUGUAUAUCUUUUCGAAAAUGAAACGCACAUCGCCACUGACUUCGUUUUCCCAAACCUAAAAGAGUCGUCGCAAACCCUUUAAAUUGCUAAUAGCGCGCACCUCGCCUGGCACUUCCAAAAGAUAGGCACACACUUAAUUAAAAUGCGGUACUGGACAGGAAUUGCAAUUUUGCUCUGCCUGGUGGCCUGCCGCGGCGGCGAUGCGCUGGCGACAGCACGUGACAGCGUCGCCCAGCGACUAGGGGGGCGGAAACAGAUCCUCACAACAGUGGCUUCUCCAGGACUGCAAGAGCUGCGCGCAAACAAGACCCUAAAGCUGCCGGAGCCAACGAGCUUUGGUUAUCUGGAAGUCAAUCCGGAGAAAGGCAGCGAGAUGUUCUACAUGUACUACGAGGCACAGGAGCCUAUUAAAAGUGACAAGCCCACUCCAAUUGUCUUGUGGUUGCAGGGCGGCCCCGGCUGCUCCUCCUUUUUCGGCAUGCUUUACAUCAACGGCCCAUACUUUGUCAACGACGACCUCACGCUGCGCCCCAACCCGGGGUCCUGGAACCGGCUGUACGGCAUGUUGUUCAUCGAGCAACCCAUUGGCGUGGGCUUCAGUCGCCCGGGCACCGCCUCCAUCCCCGACAACGAGCUGGAUGUGGCUUGGGACCUUUACCGCGCACUGCAGUCCUUCUACCGCACCCACCCGCAGCUGGCCAGCAGGCCGCUGGUGGUCACGGGGGAGAGCUAUGCGGGCAAGUACGUUCCCUCCAUCGCGCACUUCAUACUGCAGGCUGACGCCCGCGCCAACGGCUACGAGGGUCAGCUGUCCCACCCGCGGCAGCUGUCACCCCGCGUGGAGUCCCCGCUGUUCACCCUGGGGGGGCUGGCGGUGGGGAACGGGUUCACAGACGCGGAGACCCAGACUGCGGUCCAGGCCGAGGUGGCGUGGGGCAUGGGCCUGAUUGACUCCACGCAGCGGCGCCAGGCGGAGAUCAUGCAGGAGCAGAUCAUUGAGCUGGUCCGCUCCCGCGAGUGGCGCGCUGCCCGCAUGCGGUCGGACGAGCUGCUUCGCUUCAUCGCGGGAGCCAGCGGCAGCGCUACACUGGAGGACGUGAGGCGCAACACCGGCUAUGACUCGCGCGACCAGUCCGACGCCUUCCUCAACCAGCCGCACGUACGGCACAUGCUGACAGCGGGGGCGGGGGUGCCACCGCCCCGGGAGUACAACUGGAGCAGCUGCGACCCGCAGGUGGACCUGGUGCUGGGUCACGACGUGAUGAAAUCCGUGAAGCAUCUGGUAGCGGACCUGCUCAAGUACAAACCAGUGCUGCUGUACCAGGGUCAGUGGGAUGCGGAGUGCGGGGUGGGCUCCAACGACGCCUGGAUCCGCACCCUGAAGUGGGCGGGGCAUGGGGGCUUCACCGCGGCCCCCAGGAGCUUCUGGCGGGUCAACGGCCGCAUCGCUGGCUACUGGAAGAGCCACGACACGCUGGACGUGCUCGUGCUGCGCAACACCGGACACAUGGUGCCGCAUGAUAACCCCCUGAUCGGCCAGUUGAUGUUGGAGCGGUGGGUGGAGACGGCGGUACGAGGGCUGUCGUACGAUCGGGAUGCGCACGUGACUCCGCAGCAAGAGGCGGAGUACGGCAACCCGGAUGUGGGGGAGCACUCGACAUGAGGGGGGGUGGAAAUUUUUAUAAUAAAUGCAAACAACUAGAGUCCCAAUCCCAUAUCCCGACAUGAGGGUGGGUGGGGGGAAAGUUUGGGAGGUACCCGAUAUGUGGUGGAAAUGGAGACUGGGGCUCUUGUGUUAUCAAGGGGAAUCAGGGGCUGUUUUGUGUGUGUAUGGGAGGAGGAGGAGUGGGAGCAGGGGACGUGAAUGGGUCAGGUGUGAGGAAGGCGGUGUAGCGGAACGAUGGGAGGUGGGGAGGGGGAGGUCCGGCGGGGAAACGCGGAUGGAAAGAGGGAUGGUCUUGGAUGUUGGGGUGUAAAGUUUUGUUUUACAUGGCUUGUGGGGUACCUGUUGUUGUUGUUGUAUGAUAAGGGGAAACGAGGGGCGGAUGGGGUGAGGCUGGGGGCCGAAUGCAGCCCAACUGCGGAGUAAUAUGAACGUUUUGUGUGGUAUGACUGAGAGGAGGGUGGGGAGCGGUUAGUAGGGGAAGUGCAGAGGAGGAGCAUGCGCGGUUUUGGCGCGGUGUUGUGCGAGGGGAGAGAGAGCAGCAGAGGAAGAGAGAAGAAUUACUUCAACAGGAGUCAAGAGAAGAUUGCGAACAAGGUUGAAGGGGAAAACAACGCAUUUGCAAGAAGGGCAAUAAGGAGAGGAGAGCGGCGUGUGUGAUAUUCUUUUCGCUUGCUGGCUAGAUCUAAGGAAGUUUUGCUGAAGGGUGCAUUAUGCCCCCCCUUCCAUACACAAUUGUUUUGCAUGUUGCCGUUGAGUUGUCGUUGCUGACGCCAUUGCUUCUCAAUCGCCCCAAGUGUGCGGGGCUCUGAUCGCUUGGGGUUUACGACAUAGUAUCGGUACGUGUUUGGGCAGCCACAAACACUUGCGUCGUAGCUUGUUUGACUGGCCCGAGCAACCUUUGGGUGCGCUUAACGGCUUUACAUCUACGCGUCACUGCAUGCGUGUCGGGGCGCACAUUUUGGCAGGGCAGGGUAUGUGUUGGCAGGUAGUGGAGGAGGUGGGACAGAGGUGGAGAACAAUGCGGCUAGGGUUUCCGUACAUGUACGUGUGUACAGCAGCAGUUGGUGUGCCGCAUUCAGUGUUCCUGUUUACCAUUUCCCGUGUAUUUGCGUGUGCAUGAGUGCAUGUGUGUGUGUGUGCAUGUGUUUCGCGGGCCAUCUCAAUUCACUGAUAUGCAUGGGUGAAGCCUGUUGUAGCACGGUGCUUACCGCGUGCAAGUGCUGGUACCCUUCCUGCCGUUUCUGGCACACACAUAUCAGACAUAAGGCACGGGUUUUGUUUUGUGAGCAAGAGAGCGUCGCUGGAUGCGGAUGAAACGAUAUUGGGUUUUACGGGUCCAUGUUGCGGUGGUGUAACUAAAGCAUUAAGCAGCCACCGUACAUUGGCAUGGCAUUGUACGGCUUUGUAAGGGCUGCCGU